AUGGAAGAAGAAGAAAAGAAUAAUUUUCACAAUGAUUUAAAAAGUCAAAUAAAUAAUAAUAAUAAUAAUAAUAAUAAUAAUAAUAAUAAUAAUAAUAAUAAUAUAAAUUGUAAAGAUAAUGAAAUUUUAAAGAAUCAAAUAAUGAAAUUAAAUAUAUUAUUUAAUAAACAAAGUGAAAGAUUAAAACAAGUUUAUUCCAGUUUAAAAUAUAAUGAAACUAUAAAGAAAACAAAUUGUGAAAGAUUACAAUCAUUAGAGUUGGAAUCACAUCAAUUAAAAGUUGAAGUGGCGAAAAAACAAUAUGAUAUUAAGAAAUUAUAUUUUCAAUUGGAAAAUAUUGAAAACACUAAAAAACCAUCAAUCGAACAAACUAUACAAUUGGAAUUUAAAAUUAAAAAAGAAUUUUCAUUAUUGGAUAAAGAAUUGGAAAAUUAUAAUUUGGAAAAUCAACAUUUGGAACAAACCAAACAUCAAAUCAUUAAUUUAAUUUCCAAUUUAUUUAACAAUAUUGAUUAUUCAUUUGGAAAUCAAUCCAAUAAUGAAUUUGAUGAUCCAAUGAUUUUAGAAACUGAUAAUAAUAAUAAUAAUAAUAAAAAUAAUGAUAAUGAUAUAAAUAUUAAUAUUAUUGAAGAGAUUGAAUUUAUAAGAAAUCAAUAUAAAGGAAUUAUGAUCGAAAACAAUCAAUUGGAUGAAUUGAUUGUAAAAGAAAAAGAAAAACUAUCGUUUGGAAAAUUACAAAAACAAAAGAAAAAAUUAGAGGAAGAAUUAUUUGAUUUAAAUAAAUUUUUAAAUAAAUAG